AUGGCAGAAAGAAGUAAGCUUACAAGAAGACGACAGCAGACGACCAAGCCAUUGCUGGAAAGACAAAGAAGAGCGCGGAUAAACCGAAGCCUUGAAGAGCUCAAAAGCCUCGUUUUGUCUGCCUUGUAUCAUGAUAAUGAACAAAAUUCUCAAAAGAUGGAGAAAGCCGAAAUUCUGGAGCUCACCGUGAAUUUCUUAAAAAUGAUUCGAGAGCAACAAGUAACCGGUUAUUGGAUUAAUCCGCAAAGUGAGUCGGAAUCUCAGCAUAGCAACUACAGAGCAGGAUUUAAUGCAUGCGCAGCUAGAGUGCGCAGGUUUAUGGAAAACCAACCUGGAAUGAAUCCUAAGCUGCAGGAACAAAUACUUGAAAGUCUGACGGUGUCUCACAGCUACAAUGUCCACACAAAUCAGACAUUUGUCAACAAGAACACCUCCAUGUCCUUCACUCCUGGUCAAGCAGUGUACGGCGUCUGUGGCUUACAAACCACUUCAGAGCCGCCACGUACCUGUGCCUUUACACCCCCGCCAUCUCCACCCCAGUCAAGUGCAUUCCGCCCGUAUGACCGCAGUGAAACUACUACAUUAACUGACGGGAGUAGCAACUCACCAGACAACUGUUAUUCAACAGCUCACAUCAAAAGAAGCAUUGUGGAGCCAUGUAAACUCUCGCUUUGGAGGCCUUGGAUUCCGUCAUCACAACAUGGACAAAUCUAA